AUGGCGAAAUCUUGUGUAUUUUUGACGUUACUCUUUGGAUCGCUGGUUCCUCUCUACAAAGUUUGUUUGGGUACAAAUGACUAUGAUUACAAGCCAGUAAUCUUUGACCAGCAAACGCAAUGGAAACCUGAUAAUAAAGAAACAGAUGCAAGACGUUAUUUUGAAAGACCAACAGAGAAUGCUUUUGUAGAUGGGCGUUAUGUCUUAAACACAGAUUUAAACUCCAAAAAAGUGACAUUUUCUGGUCCUAAUGAAUAUAAAAGGAAAUGGGACGAUAGUCUUAAGUACCGGUCGUUAGGUAACGAUCAGUUGGUUACCAACGGCUUUGAUGACAAUACACUUUCUAGUGGCGAAGAUGAAGAUUUCGGUGAAGAUGUUUCUUAUGACAAGGAUAAAUUUGCUAGUGGUGAUGGAAGUAGUGAUGAUAUAAGGGAUAAUAAAAACGAUGAUGAAAGCAUCAAGCAUCAAUUCAAAGAGAAAGUAAACGUUAGUGGAUCACAAGAUGUUGAUGAUUCUAAUAAAGAAUCAAGUGGCCUCUUUCUUGGAGCCAAGACRACGCAUGAAAUAGCUCAUGACGAAGAUAAUACUGAUACUACUAACUCAGACAACUAUCCUAGGAAAAAUAACCUUUACAAGGAUUAUGGCACUCAAGUGAUGGAUAACAAUUUCACCACAAAACGUGAUAACUAUACUGAAUGGACAUCUACCAGCGAUGUCCUCGACAAGACUGGCAAUAACAUAUCAAAUAUCAAUACUGACAACAACUCAGAAACCAUUUCCAGAAUAAAUCUUGAUACAUUGAAUCAUAAGAUGCAGUUGGCUCCUAAUGUUAGUAUUGCGCGAGGAAAUUACACACAGCAAGCCACUACAAGUGGAAAAGACAAAGGCUUCCAAGGAAAUGAAGCUAGCAACGUUAAAAACGAAUUUCCUGAAAGCGUAGAAGGAAGUUCUUUUAAUGAUCUUAUCAGAAAAUACGAAGUUUCUGCAGAAAAACUAGAUCAAGAGUCAUCGGGAAGUGGAGAAGCUGGAUACAGCGAGGCUUUGAAGACAACAGACAAAACUGGCGAGAGUUAUUCCUUGAAUAAUUCAGAAAACGAGUCCGGUAGCUUUUCCAGAAUAAAUCUUGACAUACUCCAUGAAAAGCUAUUAUUAGAUUCUAAAAAUGGGAGUCUUGCUCAACAAAAUGACACACGAAAAGAGGGCUCAAGUGGUAAUGAUUCUUACAAAACCGAAGAUCAUCCCCAAGACAAUCAAGCAAGCAGCCUUAAAGACGACUUUCCUGAAAGUAUGGAAGGAGAAGGCAGUUCUUUUGAUGAAAAGACAAAUCAAGAUUCAUCAGGAAUGGGCGUCUCUGGACAAGAAGAGACUUUGAUGGCAAAUAUCGACAAAAAUUCUGACAAAGAUUCAGAAUCAGCAUACGGAGAAACUUACAACACGGAGGCGAGAAUCUUAGAUCUAAAGCCCAAUACAAAGACUACUUUGAAUAUCAGUGGAAACUCUGGGUACCCAGAUAAUACACUGAAUAUAUCUUCCCAGAUUUACAGCAAAGAUUUCAAAACAUCUGAGCUAUCAAGUAACUUCAGCUAUAGUAAUGGCAAUACAGGAAGUUCCUUGAAGCAAGAGGAAGGCGACAUUCAAAGAACAGCAACAAAUUUGGCAGGCAAGAAAGAGUAUAGCAAAAUGUCUGCGGAAGAAAGAAAAGAUAUGGAAGCAAGUGGUGUGAUAGGCGAAACAAGUGGUGACAUAAACAGUCACCAUAACGAAGGAGCAAGCGACCUGACAGUAAGUGGUGAUGAAAAGGAAGAAAAUGGAAGUGACCGGGUCAGUGACAUCGAUAACAAUGGUAACGAAGAAGGAAGUGGCCUUACAGCAAGUGGUGAUGAAAAAGAAGAAACUGGUAGUGACCGAGUCAGUGACAUCGAUAACAAUGGUAACGAAGAAGCAAGCGACCUGACAGCAAGUGGUGAUGAAAAAAAAGAAAAUGGUAGUGACCGAGUCAGUGACAUCGAUAACAAUGGUAACGAAGAAGGAAGUGGCCUUACAGCAGGUGGUGACCAGGUCAGUGGCCUCAGUAACCAUGGUAACGAAGGAGCAAGCGUCCUGACAGCAAGUGGUGAUGAAAAUGAAGCAAGUGGUGGUGCCCAGCUCAGUGACAUCGAUAACAAUGCAAUAAGUGGUGACCAGGUCAGUGACAUCGAUAACAAUGGCAACAAAGAAGCAAGUGGUAUGACAUAUGAAGCAAUAAGUGGUGACCAGGUCAGUGACAUCGAUAACAAUGGUAACGAAGAAGCAAGUGGUAUGACAGAGGAGACAAGUGGAAGUGAACAGGCCAGUAACAUAGAUAACCAUAGUAACGAAGAAACAAGUGGCCUGACAGAGGAGGCAAUUAGUGGUGACCAGGCCAGUGACAUAGAUAACCAUGGUAACGAAGAAACAAGUGCCCUGACAGAGGAGGCAAUUAGUGGUGACCAGGCCAAUGACAUAGAUAACCAUGGCAACGAAGAAGCAAGUGGCCUCACAGAGCAAGUAAUUAGUGGUAGCCCAAGCAGUAACAACGAAAAUAAUAUCAACGAAGAAGCAAGUGGCCUCAUAGAGGAGGCAGUUAUUGGUGACCAAGAGAGUGACACCGAUAACAAUGGCAGCGAAGAACCAAAUGGCCUGACAGAUAAAGCAAGUGAUGAUGAGGACCAGAACAGUGACAUUAGUAACGAUGGUAACGAGGAAACAAGUGGCCUGACAGAUGAAGCAAUAAGUGGUGACCAGGUCAGUGACAUCGAUAACAAUGGUAACGAAGAAGCAAGUGGCCUGACAGAUGAAAGUAGUGCUGAUAACCAGGUUAUUGACAGCAUAAACCAUCGUAAACAAGAAGCAAGUAAGCUAAUAAUCGAAGCAAGCGGUGGCGACCAAGUCAUUGCCAUAAGUAACAUUGGUAACGAAGAUAGAGACAUGACAGAUGAAGUACGUGGUGGUGAGAACGUCAGCGACACCGGUAACCAUGGUACUGAAGAAACAAGUGCCAUUAUAGAUGAGGCAAGUGGUAGUGACCAGGUCAAUGACGUUAGUAACCAUGGUCACGAAGAAGGAAGUGGCCUGACAGAGGAAGCAAGUGGUAGUGACCAGGUCAGUGACGUCAAUAACCAUAGUAACGAACAAACAAGUGGUCUGACAGAUGAGGCAAGUGGUGGUGACCAGGUCAGUGACGUCAGUAACCAUGGUUACGAAGAAACAAGUGGCCUGACAGAGGAAGCAAGUGGUAGUGACCAGGUCAGUGACGUCAGUAACCAUGGUUACGAAGGAAGUGGCCUGACAGAGGGGGCAAGUGGUAGUGACCAGGUCAGUGACGUCAGUAACCAUGGUUACGAUGAAGGAAGUGGCCUGACAGAAGAAGCAAGUGGUAGUCACCAGGUCAGUGACGUCAGUAACCAUGGUUACGAAGAAGGAAGUGGCCUGACAGAGGAGGCAAGUGGUGAUAACUUGGUUUUUGACAUCAACAAUCGUGGUGACAAAAAAGCAAGCGAAGAGUCUAAGGGAAAUACUAAUAUUAGCAACACCAAUAACUUUACAGACCAGUGGAGUUCCAACAACACAAAAUUUGUAGCAACUAACCGUAAAUUGCCUGAUAGUGGUGCGAAUGCAGUUAUCUAUAAAAUUAAGGAUAAUGAUGAGGAGGAGGAUAAUGAAGGCGAAGAAAGUGGAGGAAUUGAGGUAAAGGACAUAGAGAAAGAAAAAACUGUUGGCGAAGGAACACCUGAAGAUAUACCUGCUUCGGUAAAUUAUCCUCAUAAUGGUCAAGAUAUCAGCAAAACUAACGGAAAUAAAGAAGUAGAAAUGGAACCAGUCCAGGAGCUGGGCAGCGGUCACAAAACUGACUUUGGUAAAGGACAUUUUUCAAGUGGUAGGGCGGACGAGAAUGGUUCAAAAAUUCUAGGUGCAAAGAGUGAAAACGAAUUAGAAUAUAACAAAGUGUUUAACGGCAGUGGCAUUGAUAGCAAUACAAACAUUUCAGCAAGUACACUCUAUGAAUUAUCCAAAAACGCCACAGAUAUUGUGGUCAGUUAUAAAAAGGAGACGAAAAAUUCCAAAGGUUCAAAUAACGUUUCUUUGUCUCGUGAAGGGUUAGGUAAUGGAAGCUUUUCCAGUUUUAAAAACAACACAGCAGGAAUCAAUAUUACAACAAAGACAAAUGAGAGUAUAAUGAGUGUCACCGAUACUUCUAAAACCGAAUGGAAAUCGCAAAGUCUUGCGAAGUUUCAAAAUUCCUAUGGUUUUUUACAGCGUAAUAAACAAAGGUCAAAUGGAACGCACAAGAAUAACGAAAGUCUGAAAGACAACAAAUGGAAACAUAAAAAGGAUGACAAAGCUAAAUCAGUCUAUGAGUUUUGGGCUGUUAGAAGAAAGCAAAAUGAAUCAGAACCAUCGGAAGGCAAGGCCCAGAACGAAUCUUAUUCGAACCCUAAAAUUUUGUUAAACAACAGAACGAGUCCAAAUGUGUCUUCUCAUCAAAAUAUCUCAAGUCAGGAAAAGCUUGCAGAAACUUCUCCACCUGGUGAGCUUAAGCCUUUCGACGCAUCAGAACUAGGACAAAUUGAAGAGGAUAUUUUCAGAAAUGACCACAUGAAAACUAAGGUCCAUGAGGCAAGGAAAGUGCCACGGAAAAAGGAAAUGAAACACAGCACGCAGGAUGAGAGCAAUAAGGUUAUGAAGAUAGCAACACAAACUAGAUUUAGGACAGACAAACUAAAAAAGCUUGUCAAUCAAAUAAAAACCGCGAGAACAGAAAACCUUUAA